AUGAGUUCGCUAGGAUUGCAGUAGGCAACAGCAAUGGCUGCAAUUGAGGGAGCAUUCUCUAUCGUCUCAUCUUCCUACCCUUCUUCUACUUCUCCCAAAUUCCAAUGUUUUUCUAAACCUCUACCCCUCCUUAGGCUGCAAAUUUCCCCCAAUUACUCCACUCUUUCCCUUAAAUCCCUCCCUUCCCUCGGCUCAAGAAAACUCAAAACCUCUCACAUAUUACGCUGCUCCGCUGUUGAAGAACAGGCAGUUGCUGCAGUAGAAGCAGAGCAAGAGAAAACGGUGAAAACCCCAAAUCCCAAACUGAGAAGAAAGCUUUUUGUGCUCAACUUGCCUUGGUCUCUCGCUGUCUCCGAUGUCAAGGAACUCUUUGGCCAGUGUGGAACUGUUGAGGAUGUUGAGUUUAUUAAAACGAAAGAAGGGCAAAACAGAGGAUUUGCAUUUGUGACAAUGGCUUCUGGGGAGGAGGCUGAGGCUGCAAUUCAGAAAUUCGACUCUUAUGAGUUAUCGGGAAGGAUUAUCAGGGUGGAGUACUCAAGGAGAUUCAAGAAACCGAUCAGAUCUCCUCCUCCUCCUCCCCCUAGAGAUGGGCGUUAUAAACUUUAUGUAUCUAACCUUGCAUGGAAAACAAGGUCUACUCAUCUGAGGGAGUUGUUCUCUGCCAACUUCAAUCCAAUUUCAGCUAGGGUAGUGUUUGAAAAUGCUUCAGGAAGAUCAGCUGGUUAUGGUUUUGUCGCAUUUGGGACAAAAGAAGAAGCAGAGGCUGCAAUUUCUUCUAUUGAUGGAAAGGAAUUGUUGGGUAGGCCAAUUCGCUUAAAAAUGAGUGAAAAGAAUGAUGAUCCGGAAGAAGAAGAAACAGCUGAGGAACAACCUGAAGAAUCAUAGGUGAGCAAAUUAAACUAGUUGUCCUACAUAUAUGCUACCUAUAUGUAGGUUUGGACAAAUACAUAGCAGAAAAUACAAUUUCUUCCUUAAUUGUCUUCAUGUUUAUUAACAAUAUCCGAGUGGGUAUUGACAUUGUACUAUAUAUGUAUUGGUUUAUACAGAAUUGGCCUCAAUUUCUGUUGCAUUUUUUAGUCU